AUCAGUAUUCCUUAGAGAAGACAUGUACACUAAUCAUCAGGGCACUGAUGAUCAGUGUGACCUGAUGAUCAUUGUAGCCCCAGCAGUGCCACCUGUCAGUGUCCAUCAAUGCCAGCUGUCAUUGCUCAUCAGUGCCACCUGCCAGUGCCCAUCAGUGCCACAUCAAUGCCACAUAUCAGUGCUCAUCUGAGCAGCCUUUCAGUGUCACCUAUCAGUGCCAGUAAGUGCCACCUAUCAAUGCUAUCAGUGCUGCCAAUCAGUGCCGACUAUCAGUGCCUGUCAGUGCCACCUAACAGUGCCAGUCAGUGCCGCUUAUCAGUGCUGCCUAUCAGUGUCAUAUAUCAGUGCUGCCUUUCAGUGCCCAUCAGU